CUACAAAAACAGUUGUUUUUCAAACAUAACCGCCGACUUCCUGCGCCAAAAAUUGGUGCUUCUUCUUCCUCUUCACAUUUCAGGAGAAAAAGCUCCCCAAUUUUUAAAUCCUCAGUCAAAAACUCCACUAAAUUGCUAAAUAACCAUCCUUCCUGCUUCCUUGCGCUUCUGCUGGCGGGUUCAUUUACGUAAUUUUGGAAAAAUCCAAUGGCGGCUUCGGACUCUUUCAGCGUACGUAUCGUCUCCGUCGACUACUACAUGGCGCCGCCGAUCCCAGGCCUCGAUAUCUCUUACAGUAGCUUCCAAGGUGGGAAGGUGAAUGAGGUGCCAGUUAUAAGAAUAUUCGGCGCCACGCCUGCUGGUCAGAAGACUUGCUUGCACAUUCAUAGAGCAUUACCGUACUUAUAUGUGCCAUGCGCUGAUAUCCCGAUUCAGCUGCACCAGAAAGGUGAUUUGUACACACAUGAUGUAGCUCUUGCUAUAGAGAAAGCUUUGAAGCUCAAAGGUAAUGCUGGUUCAAAGCGACAACAUGUACAUAGUUGCAGCCUUGUCCAGGCUAGGAAGCUUUAUGGUUACCACUCAUCGGAGGAGUUGUUUGUGAAGAUAUACCUCUACUAUCCCCAUGACGUCUCUCGUGCUGCAAGUCUUCUUCUGGGAAGCUCAGUUUUUGAUAAAUGCUUACAGCCUCAUGAAUCUCACAUUCCCUUCAUUCUUCAAUUUAUGGUUGACUACAACUUGUAUGGGAUGGGUCAUCUGCAUGUAUCAAAGAUUAAAUUCCGUCAUCCAAUACCAGAUGUUUUCGUCCAUAGAAGGUCUGUUUACAAUGGACAGCCUAGUCAGGACAUGGAUAAAACGACUUGCAUGUCUGCUGAUUUGCAGGCAGAUAUACGUGGUCAUCUUUCUUUGGGUUCACCUGUUUGGAUAUCUUCCACAAUUCCAGUUGAUUGGACAUGGAAUUCUCCUGGUGAAUUUGAAGGUUCCUCACAUCCAGACAUUAACUGCAUUAGACGUCAAAGUAUUUGUGAACUUGAGGGCGAUUCUACUGUAGAUGAGAUUCUUAAUCAGCAGCUUAAGAUGUAUACUUCCCUCUCACAAACUUGUUCAGAUGUGAAGAUGGUUCAGUCACUUAUACCAAUUUUGGAGGAGUGUGAAAGGACUGGAAUACAUGAGGCAGCAAUACCACCUGAUCCUGCCAAACCACUUCCUGAAGAUGCUUUGAAAACUCUCUCAGUUGGUCUUGAAUUUGACAAGAAGCUUAUUAAAGUGCACGGUGAAGCUGAAAGUUCUCUGUGUCGAACUCAAUUAAGGAAAGAUGUAAGGUCUGUGGAGCAGAUGGCAUCUCGAAAAGAUGAAGGAAACUUUGCUGGACCCCAAACUGAUAAUCUUAUUGAUGGAGAAACAAUUGGAUCUCUGCCAACACAAGAUUCUACUAAAGAUAGUGUUCCAAAUUCCAAACUAUCAUUGAAUAAGGAACUUCCAUCAUCACUAGUAAUCCCGACGGUAAACAUGAAGGUUACAGAUAGUGAAGCACUAGGUCUUCUUAGAUGGCUUGCUACUUCUCAGGCCGCUGAAGAUAUAAACUCUGAUGACGAACUUGUUUGUGAGACAAUUCUUAGUCCCUUGUUGCCGGCAACAACCAUUGACAAUGUUCUAAACAAAGCUAAUGUGGAUUAUGAGACUGAAUCCCAAAAGGAGUGUCAGGACAUACUUGAUUCGGUUGGUGAUAUGAUUGACUUUGAAAGAUUUCAAGAAAGAGAUUCUUACCCUUCAGAUCAAAAGAAUUCUUCAAAAAGUUCGUCUGAGUAUGUGAUUCACCAGGUGGAUGGUUGUGGGGAUGACGAUUUCUCAACUCCUUGUGAUGGAUCAGUUGGAGGCUUUUCUGAAAUAGAGGGGAAGAGUGAAUUUAGGACCUCCAGCCAUCAGGUGCAAGAUGCUAGCUCCAGCUUCAAUCAUAAGCACAAAAGGAAAAAAUUAUGGGGCUCUUUACCUUUCUCUGAGACCUCAAAGGUGAAGACAGAAGGGGAACAUGCCCGUUUACACAUAGAAACAAAGGACCCUAGUGGUACAAGUUCUUCUGAAAAUGAAGUGGGAAAACGUGCAGGCACUGGAACUUGUGACGCAAAAGACAGUAGUAUGUUGGCAAGAUGCUCUGUGAGGGACUUGAUGAGGAGAAAGCGAUCCUACCGAGUUGAGCCACCUGAAGGUAGUGGGAGGGAGGAAAACAAAGACACACUUCUCUGCGCAAAGCGUUUAGAUUUUCGAGUGUCAGGUACUGAUGAGCAUGACAGGAAGCCUCACGAGUCAUCUAACUUCAGGCUAUCAUUAGUUGACCAACAAUCAGGAAGUUAUAAGGCUUAUAAAUAUGAUGCUAAACCAACCAAUCCUGGUUGUUCAAUGUAUGGUAAACUUCCACUGUGUUCUAGCAAUGACAACAUUUUACAUGCAAGUACGUUAGAUGGAAAAUUGGAUUCCAAUGUGUUGAUUGGUGAAGAAGUUGGUGCUUGUGCAAUGGCUCAAUUUCGGAACUCCUUGAUUACAGGCCCUUCUCAAGUUCCUUCUGUGAACAAAAGAAUGCAGACUUGGUCUGCUGAGCAUGAAGUGGCUGAUGGAGAUCGUUAUGUUGAAAGUGGCUUUGAAAGCUUAUCUUCCAAGGGUGGAGUAUAUGAAAUGUCUUUUGAGAAUCCCAUGGAUGCAAAUGCCACAACUGUCGGUGCUGUUCUAAACAAUGAGAGGUCUGGUGUCCAAAAACUGGGUAGGGACUCUGUUUCAUCUGGGCUCAGACACUCACCGUCCGAGGUCAUCUAUCCGGAUGAUGGGGACUUAAUUGGAAUGACAUUCCACAAGAAGCCUCCUGUUCCAGACUGGAAGGACAGGGCAUCUAAAGACACUUCAUCUUUAUACGAUGGAAGAGCUACGGAUGACUAUUUCCCCUUCUUUGUGGGAGAUUUCCCAGACGAGAAAGAAAUUCAGAACAAGUGUGUUAGAAGUGAAUCUAGCUCUCAUGAAGAAUCUGUUAUGGGUGUCCCUACUCACUAUCAAACUGAUGGCUCUUACUUGUAUUUGUUAACACCUGCAACUUCACCCCCUUCUGCCGAAAAGGUGAAUAGAUGGUUGUCAAGUGAUGAAAAAGAUGACGUUCCACCUAUUCUGCCCCAAGGACCUCAAGAGAAUCAUGAAAAUCAUGAAGAAGAAAGGAACCAUUUCUGCACUGACAGGAUGGGAAUAGCGCAAAGAGAAGGAGAUGCUGUUAAAGUUCAAACAAACUCCGAAUGUUCACAAGAUAAUUCUCAGAUUUCUGGCCCAGAUGGGAGAUCAAAGCCCACUCCUCUUAGUCAAAUUGGAUUCAGGGACCCUGCAAGUGUUGGUGCAGGCCAACAGCUGACAUUGUUAAGCAUAGAGGUUCAAGCAGAAUCAAGAGGAGAUCUUCGACCUGAUCCUCGGUUUGAUGCCAUCAAUUUUAUCUCUCUUGCUAUUCAGAAUGAUAGUGAUCCUAUUGUUGAAGUUCAUGUGCUUUUGCACAGUAAAGCUGAAGGUUCUAAGAGGAGUCUUGAUGGAAUUUCUCGCUGCAAGGUGUUGGUUUUUUAUGAGGAGAAGUACUUAUUCGAUCAUUUUAUGAAAAUUGUGUGCUCAUUGGACCCAGAUGUUUUGAUGGGUUGGGAUAUACAAGGUGGUUCUCUUGGCUUUUUGGCAGAAAGGGCUUCAUAUCUUGGUAUAGGUUUACUCAACAAGAUAUCUCGGGCACCGUCUGAAUCCAAGGUGGAGGGUGAAGAUUUAGAAGUUUUGGAGAAAGCAAUACAAGAUAAAAUAAUUCCUGAGGCGGUCAUUGCCAAUUCAGUUGUAAGAGAAGAUCCACUAAUUGAGGAUGAAUGGGGAAGAACUCAUGCCAGCGGUGUCCAUGUUUGUGGUAGAAUUAUCCUUAAUGUAUGGCGGCUGAUCCGUGGUGAGGUCAAGCUCAAUAUGUACACAGUUGAGGCUGUUGCUCAAGCUGUGUUGAGGCGAAAAGUCCCGUAUAUUUCUAAUAAAGUACUGGAAAAAUGGUUUUCAAGUGGCCCUGGACAAGCCAGAUAUCGAUGUAUUGAAUAUGUAAAUGAGAGAGCGAAGCUGAGCCUUGAAAUAAUGAAUCAGUUAGACAUGAUAAAUCGAACAUCAGAACUUGCACGUGUCUUUGGCAUUGACUUUUUUUCAGUUCUCUCUAGAGGUUCACAAUACCGUGUUGAAUCCAUGUUUCUGAGACUAGCCCAUGCACAAAACUAUGUUGCCAUAUCCCCUGGGAGUAAACAGGUUGCUUCUCAACCAGCGAUGGAGUGCAUACCUCUUGUCAUGGAACCAGAGUCUGGUUUUUAUGCAGAUCCAGUUGUCGUAUUGGAUUUUCAGUCUCUUUAUCCGUCAAUGAUUAUUGCAUACAACCUUUGCUAUUCUACAUGCCUUGGAAAAGUUGUACCUUCAGAGGCAAAUACACUUGGAGUCAGUUCGUUUUCACCAGAUCCCCAUGACCUUCAUAUUUUAAAAGAUCAGAUUCUGCUUACUCCAAAUGGUGUCAUGUAUGUCCCCGAGAAGGUUCGCAAAGGUGUACUACCCCGUUUGUUAGAUGAAAUAUUGUCAACGAGAAUAAUGGUUAAACAAGCUAUGAAAAAGCUGUCUUCUUCGCAGCAAGUUCUUCACAGGAUUUUUAAUGCAAGACAGCUUGCUCUGAAGUUGAUAUCAAAUGUAACGUAUGGCUAUACUGCUGCUGGGUUUAGUGGCCGCAUGCCUUGUGCCGAGAUUGCAGACAGUAUUGUUCAAUGUGGCCGUAGUACACUGGAAAAGGCUAUUUCAUUCAUAAAUGCACAUGACAAGUGGAAGGCAAAAGUUAUUUAUGGCGACACAGACAGCAUGUUUGUCCUCCUAAAAGGACGCACUAUUGAAGAUUCUUUUAAGAUUGGACGCGAGAUUGCAUCUGAAAUUAGUGCUAGGAAUCCAAAUCCAGUUGCUUUGAAGAUGGAAAAAGUUUACAGCCCGUGCUUCCUCCUUACCAAGAAGCGUUAUGUUGGUUACAGUUAUGAAAGCCCUGAACAGAUCGAACCUAUUUUUGAUGCUAAAGGUAUUGAGACAGUUCGUAGGGAUACAUGUGCGGCUGUUGCCAAGACAAUGGAGCAGUCUUUGAGACUUUUCUUUGAACAUCAGGACAUGUAUGAGGUCAAAACAUACUUACAGCGUCAGUGGAAGCGAAUCAUAUCGGGAAGGGUGUCUCUUCAGGAUUUUGUAUUUGCAAAGGAAGUUCGCCUAGGCACCUAUCGGGCAAGUUCUAUUUCGUCACUUCCACCAGCUGCAGUUGUUGCCACAAAAGCUAUGAAAACUGACCCGAGGGCAGAACCACGUUAUGCAGAGCGAAUACCUUACGUUGUGAUCCACGGGGAGCCUGGGGCUCGUCUGGUUGACAUGGUCGUGGAUCCAUUGAAUCUCUUGGCUAUUGAUUCACCAUACAGAUUAAAUGAUCUUUAUUACAUCCAUAAACAGAUAAUCCCAGCUUUGCAGCGAGUGUUUGGGCUUCUUGGGGCUGACUUGAACGAGUGGUUUUCAGAUAUGCCCCGGCCAGCCAGGGAAGCCUUUGGUAAACGCGCCUUUUAUGCUUCCAAUCCACACCGAACCAGAAUUGAUUAUUACUAUCUUUCGAGGCAUUGUAUCUUGUGCGGGGAGUUGGUCCAGGGAUCAGCCCAUCUAUGCAAUCAAUGUUCUGAAAACAAAAGUUGUGCUGCUGUAGCUGUAAUUGGAAGAACUUCGAAACUGGAGAGAGAGAUGCAGCAGCUUGCUGCUAUCUGUCGACAUUGUGGAGGAGGGGACUGGGUCAUAGGAAGUGGCAUUAAAUGCACUUCUCUUGGAUGCUCGGUGUUCUACGAGAGGCGUAAGGUUCAGAAAGAAUUACAAGGGCUCGCUUCUGUUGCUGCAGAAACCGGUUUCUACCCGAAAUGCAUGGUGGAGUGGUUUUGAAGACUGCAAGAAAAUCUAUUUCUUCUACUCUUUGGCCGAAGGUUUCGUUGUUGUUGUAUGGUCGUAUCAGUUUUUUUUAUUUUAGUUUUAGUGUAUUUAUGUGUUUAGCCAUGAUGUUGUAGAAUAUUAGUAGGGUCCAAAUGUGUCAAGUAACAUGUUUUUUAGUAAAAUACUAAUGGGCCCACAAAGACGGGAUUAGCAAUCCCAUACUUGUCGCGGCUUCGUGCUAUUUGACAUUUGACGUGGCUUCAUGCGAUUUGAAUCUAGACAUGGCUUCGUGCCAUUUGAAAGUUGA